UGGCUUGUGGGGAUCAUUUCAAGUCCUCCGGGUCAUCCCUAGGCUCUCCAAUGUUGCCGGGAAAAGUUACGAGCGUCGAUCACGUGGGUUUGUUGUGGUUUGUUUGGUCCAGUCAUUCGGUGUAAGAUAGUUGAUGGUCUAUCCGGUGUAUCUUGGUGUAUCGAGUGUAUCUACAAAUGGUCAGGCACUAUAGUUCUCAUUCAACUCGUUCGAGAUCAUAGCGCAGUGCGGCUAUAUAUUGAAACGGAUACCGGCAACAUCGAGAGGCGUCGUUUUUCCUUGCCGUUCCUUGCGUACUUUCGGCGUCAAUCGAAUAAGUUAGGCAUCAUACACAUAACACAGAGAACGUGUCCCAUCGUCCGGCGUUGUUUGUUUAUUCUCUCCUCUGUGAAUAGGUUUUUUUACGUUCGUCCUUGUCGCAGCAUGCGAGAUUAACGUAGUGUAAUGCUGUCUCAGCUAAUCUUGUAACACGAUAUUCACGUAUCAGGAAUCUAACCACAAAGUACUGGUAUUAAUUUUGAAUAGAAGAAUUUCUAUUACUUUUGAUAAUGGGUGACAGUUGGGAAAAUGAUGAUAGAACAUCAUCAAGGAGAUAUGAUCGAGGUUAUGAUCAAAGGAGAGGAAAUAAAAGCGAAAGAGACAGUCAAUUUUAUAGACGCUCCAACAGAUCAUUUGGAGAUAACAAUGACUCAAGUAGACCGAAUUACAAUAAUGAUUUAUAUAGAAGAAGUGAUGAAAAGUCAGAUAGUACAAACGGACUUGUUAUGUACAUUGAUAGCAGUAACAUUGGAAGACUCAUCGGGAGGGGUGGUAGCAAGAUUAAAGCUCUACAAGAAGAUAGUGGUGCUAAAAUUAAUAUCGACAGACAACAUAAUGAAAAUGGACAGAGUGCUGUGACACUAACUGGUACGGAUAACGCGCAACAACGAGCUAAGAGUUUAAUAAAGGAGUUAUUAACUGAAAGGGGUGUAAAUGAAAGAGGUGUAACUGAAAGAGGUGUAACUGAAAGAAGUGUAACUGAAAGAAGUAAUACAUACGAAAAUGAAUCUGUGCAAAAAACAUCUCAGCCUGAGGAAAAGGAAGAAAUUGAUUGGGCUAAUUUUGAUUGGGGCAAGGCUAAUGAAGAAUAUGAGAAGCGUCAGAAGCAGAGAUGGGCGGCUUUGCCUCCUAUUAUAAAAAAUUUUUACAAAGAAGAUCCGGCCAUUGCUAAUAUGCCACAGUCAGUGGUAGCUCAUUUCAGGAAGAAUAACAAUAACAUAGAAGUUAGACAUGUUUUUGAGAACGAAGGAGGUUCCGAUGAAAACAUGAAAAUACCAAAUCCUGUGCAAACUUUUGAACAAGCUUUCCAUGCGUUUCCAGAUAUCCUUAGGGAAAUACGAAAACAAAACUUUGAAAAACCAAGUCCUAUACAAUGUCAGGCGUGGCCUAUUCUACUGAGAGGUCAGGAUCUAAUUGGGAUAGCGCAAACUGGAACAGGAAAAACUCUUGCCUUUUUACUGCCUGCUUUGAUUCACAUCGAUGGGCAAGUAACUCCACGCAACGAGCGUCCUGGGCCAAAUGUUCUUGUUAUGGCUCCAACGAGAGAAUUGGCAUUGCAAAUUGAAAAGGAAGUAGGAAAAUACUCUUACCACGGUAUUAAAGCGGUGUGCGUAUACGGUGGUGGAAAUCGCAAAGCACAAAUAGACACUGUGACAAAAGGUGUGCAAAUUGUAAUUGCAACUCCCGGAAGAUUAAACGAUUUGGUUCAAGCAAAUGUAUUGGAUGUGUCGGCUGUGACGUAUCUUAUACUCGAUGAAGCAGAUCGUAUGUUGGACAUGGGUUUUGAACCUCAAAUUCGUAAGACUCUUCUGGGUGUACGACCAGAUAGACAAACUGUUAUGACAAGCGCUACGUGGCCCCAGGGUGUACGACGCUUAGCCCAGUCAUACAUGAAAAAUCCGAUUCAAGUAUUUGUUGGAUCACUUGACUUAGCAGCUGUUCAUUCUGUAACACAGAGGAUUUACAUGGCUAAUGAAGACGAGAAAACAGAUAUGAUGCAUCAGUUCUUCCAAGAAAUGGGCCCUCACGAUAAGGUCAUAGUAUUUUUCGGUAAGAAAUCAAAAGUGGACGAUAUCUCUAGUGAUCUGGCUUUAACGAAUAUCGAUUGUCAGAGUAUUCACGGCGAUAGAGAUCAAGCAGACAGGGAACAAGCGUUAGAAGAUUUGAAGACUGGAGCUGUUCAGAUCCUUCUCGCGACCGACGUGGCUAGUCGAGGAAUCGAUAUUGAAGAUAUUACACACGUAUUGAAUUAUGACUUCCCACGGGAUAUAGAGGAAUACGUUCACCGAGUCGGUCGUACUGGACGCGCAGGUCGAACAGGUGAAAGUAUCACUUUUAUGACAAGACAAGACUGGCAUCAUGCUAAAGCACUCAUUGAUAUCCUUGAAGAAGCUAAUCAGGAAGUACCUGAGGAAGUAUAUAAAAUGUCUGAAAGAUAUGAUGUAUGGAAAAAGAAAAAAGAACAAGAAGAUUCAUAUGGAAGAGGCAACAGAGGCGGUAGACGCGGCUAUCGUAGGAUGUAAAAUGAUUAAUUAAUGAUGCUAGGACUUAGAUUACAUUGUGUUUAGUAUAAUCAGUAUCAGAUUUAACAUACACAUUGUGAUACUAUUUUUAGUUCAUAUAAUUUCGGAAAGACUAAUUUCAUAAAACGAAACAGUAUUCCUUUUCUUUAUUUUUUUGUUGAUCAUCAAGAUUAA